UCUUAAUCGAAACUACGAGGCGUUUCAAGCAAGAAGUAUAUUUUGAUAUUUUACGUGUUUCUAGGCUUGAGAUAUGGACUUUGAUGAGAGGAGAAACAGCCCAGUGUUCACCGGGGCGUUGCUAUGGCAGCAAGUGAAAGAACAAAGUGACUAUUGCGACUUCACUGUGAAACAAGGACUAUGGAGCAAGCGUUACCAUGAGUGUGUCGUGUGUGUCAGCCCAUUCGUCCAGGCGAUGAUAAGAAAUACAUUCAAUGAAAAUACCAAAGGUUUCUUAGAGUUGAAACUAGGCUCUCCAGAAUCCAUCGACAUGGUAAUGAUGUUCUUGUACGGAAAGUCUCCCAAAUUGACCAUAGAAAAUGUAUCCGUAAUGAUGCACCUGGCCGAGUUUUUAUUGAUACCGAAGUUGAAGGCGUUCUGUGCAGAUUUUAUCAACAAUGAGACCAAGGUGGAUAAAGAAAAUGUAGAAAAACUACUUCAUCUGAGCAGUAUCUUUGAUUUUGAAAUACAUGCAUUGACAAAGUACAUCAGGCAACAUUUGCCAGAAUUGUUGGGCGGCAAUCAGUUAAUGACAAUCACGGCUGACACGCUUGAAAAUAUGUUCUCAGAUGCAACUUUGUCUUAUGUUACUGCAGAUGUGAAGUUUGAGUUUAUCAUGAGAUGGGUAAAGCGAUCUCCUGAACAGAGGAAACCAAAUCUAGACGCAAUAAUUGCAGGCAUAUUUCUCCCGGAAGUAACCGUAAAUUUGAUUAAAAAGGCAAAAGGGGAUAAAUUCUUUGAAGAUUUACAAGUUUUAAAUGGAACGGACUCUGAAGUUGGGGUAAGAAUGCAAAAUGUAUUCAUCACUAACAAUCACUUCGAUUGUGAAGAUUUUUGGGUUUUCGACCUAGGCCAGCAAAAAUGGUUCAGGCUGAAAAGAAACACACGCGAACCCUGGAAUGAAUACAUUACAUACAACUACGAUAAAUCUACUCUUUGCCUGGUGGAGAAAAAUCCGUACCUUGUACCUAUAAUUCGUUUCCUUAAUUUUUCAGUUCUUGACGAGUUAUAUUGCACUUCAAAACGUUUACCACCGUGCUUUGAUAGUAUCUACAUAUUAAAUAAAGUAUGUUAUACGGUCUUAAAUGAACCACAGAAAAUAAGCCUAAGUAAUGAGACACUACGAUCGUAUCGAAAAUCGCUGUCGGGUGUUCCGUUUAAUUUUAAAAGACUGUAUCAACGUCCUACGAUCUUUGUGGGGGCAAUCAAAGGAAAUAGAGAAGACUCAAAUUUUGCGCCACUCAUGUCGUUGAAUGUUAAUUUUGAUGUAAAAAUUUGUGUAAAUGAAGCCAAAUUAGUAGCGCUAUUUUCCAAAACCAAUAGAUUUUUUUGCAUAUACGACCAGCAGUCCUGCAAAAUGCACAAAAUUGAUGUUAAGCUCACACACAAAGAUGAAGUCAGUCCAUUUAAAGAUGGGUUUGUUAUCCACAACCGAAAUAACGAAAUCCGUUUUACACAAUCACGAACUGGUCUUUACAAUGAAAGACUAUUUUCAGUUUAUGAAACAUGCCCAAAUGACGAUGAUGAUUUUUGUAUUUUUGCUGUUGUUGGGAACAAAUGGGUUCGUUUCCGGCAAACAUACGAGUACUCAAACCAUGCAGAAUGCAACACAUUGGACUAUACAACAGAUGAACUGGGAAAGGUUAAUGUGGACGAUGUAAAAUGGAAGCAGAUUCCUCACCCCAAUGUCAAAAUAGAUGCUUCAAUUAUUCUAAAUAUGCAAGAAAUACAGAUUCCAAGUUCCAAGCUUAAAUGCAAUGUGAUUUGUCCGCACUGUGAUCGAAUCAAAGACGAAGCGCGUGUAGCCAGUAGACACUCUCAAAUAGGAACAUUUCGCUACCUGGACGACUAUGAAGAUUAUUAUGAUGACUACGGUUAUGAUUACUCUGAUAACGAUGAUGAUUAUUAAGACCACAUACACUGUCAUGACGAUAGCGAUAAGGAUUAAUAACACGGACAUGAUUCACCAGAUGCGAGUCUUUAAAAUAAAUUAAGCCACACAAUCAAACGGAUAUCACUUCCUUACAUUUAUAGUAAUAACACUUCAUGUUUUUUUAACACAAUUUUAACACACACGGACGGAUUACAAUAAGAAAGAUGUCCAGAAAUAGCUUUAAUCACGGUUACCUUUUUGCAUCUAGUUGUGAAUGUGAAAAGUCCAGUAUUUCAAGUGUUUUAGAUUUUCCUGAUUUCCUCUUGAUUACAUGGCUUAUGAGUUCAGAUCAGGUGAGAGUUAAUUUUUUUUUAACUUUACUCCGUGAUGAAGCUGGUUUUAUGAUAAAACCCUGUAAUAUAUUAAUAUUUUAUGCAUUUCGAAUCAUUAGUGCCAUGGUUCUGAUGCAGAAAAAAAACGAAGCCAAUCGAAUGAGCAACGAUACAGCCAUAUACAUUUGUUUGAUGAAAGUGACAGAGCCGAUGGAGAAAUGCAUUUCAAAUAACCUCAAAUUGAUGACAAAAUUGCUUUAAAAAGCCAGUACCGGUACAUAGUAUUUUCAAUCAUCCAGUUAUUCAUCCGACGACAAGUACCACAAACAUAUUGUAUACGAUGCUUCGGCAAAACCUUAAACCGGCCGUAAUAGUCAAAUUGAGUGUAAGUUUCGUGUGAUCAUACAAAAGUUGUGAAAAAUGCCUAAAUGUAUAUCUAGUCAUACUGACAAUUAGAAUAAAAUGUGGUUGUAUAGUCAGAAGUUGAUACCUGAGGCUAGGCGAGCGUGGAAAAAAAUAUUUUAUCGUUUUGUGGAGAAACAAUGCAUUCAAUACAGCGCGGGAAAAAAGUAGGAGAUGUUUUUAAGCGACAACUUAAGUGUAUCUAUUGACAAUAUUCAAAUGUGCAACGAUCAAAUUAACUCGAUGUUUUACAGGAAUAUGUAAAAAAACAUUAAACUGUUUGCCCACGCGUUGUAUUUUGAGCGUGCUUACGAGGAAAGCAAUUAUUUUUAACUGCAAUGAUACAUCUUCAGACGACGAUGAUUGGGAUGGUUUAGAGAGAACACGAGGAAAUAAAUACUAACAUCAUUUUUUUAUGUGACAAAACAUACAGCCUAAUUACUUGCUUUUGCAUUCCAACCCUUAUUAAACCUUCAGUGAAUAUUAAGGUUAUUUGCACUGACUGUUCGAUGGCGGUUAUACCAUUACUAACCGAGUACGAUAGUUUAAUACUUGUUUAAUGUUUGUUGUGCUCAAGCUGUUUAACUUUUGUUUUGAGUUUUGUUUUGCCUUGAUAAUUGCACUUACUAACCAUUUGGAACACUUCGGCCAUUUGCCAUCGAAAACAGCAUCGGAUGUUUUCCGGUACAUCAGAAGAAGUAGUUCGUAAAAUUAUAUUAAGUAGUGUAUUUUGUAUUACUUCGUUAAAAUUAAUUGCCAGUAAAAGCUAUUGUUGAAUACACAAUUAAAAUGUGCAGGAGUACAAUCAUAAAGUGUUACUACUAAAUAGCAAUUACUAUGCGAUCUACUUGCAGCGUAGUUAGUAAAGUUUUCUGACAUUGUAAACCAUCCGUAUACAUCCGAGGUUGCUGUCGAUGAAAAAUGACUGAGGUGUUCCGGAUGAUAAUGAACAGGAUCUUGGUAAAUGUAAAGGUUUUUGACUUGUCCUUGUAGUUUUGGAUAAUAUUAUUACUUUCUUAAUUUUAUAAAUUGGAUAUAUGUUGUGAAAUAUUUAUAAGA